AUGGUCGACGUAGACCGUAGAAUGACCGGUCUAAAUCCGGCUCACAUAGCCGGUCUAAGGCGACUCUCUGCCCGAGCCGCGUCGGUUUCCGCCGCAACUGUACGUAACGGUCUUCUCUCAUUCUCUCCUCUCGCCGAUAAGGUUAUAACCCAUCUUCGCAACUCAGGAGUACCGGUUCAACCGGGUCUCUCCGAUGCUGAGCUCGCUCGAACCGAGGCCGAGUUUGGGUUUGUUUUUCCGCCGGACCUCAGAGCCAUUCUCGCCGCCGGUUUGCCUGUUGGUGCCGGAUUUCCGGAUUGGCGCGCCGCCGGAGCUCGGCUACACCUACGCGCGUGGCUGGACUUGCCUAUCGCUGCGAUUUCGUUACAAAUCGCGAGGACCGCGCUUUGGGUUAGGUGCUGGGGCCCGAGACCCUCCGAACCCGGAAAGGCUUUGCGGGUCGCGAGGAACGCGCUUAAGAGGGCACCAUUGUUGAUUCCCAUCUUUAACCAUUGCUAUGUUCCCUGCAACCCCUCUCUCGCCGGAAACCCUGUCUUCUUCGUCGACGAGAAUCGGAUAUUCUGCUGCGGGUUGGACCUGAUGGAUUUUUUCCAGCGCGAGUCUCUGUUUCGGAGCUCCGAAUUGGAAUCGGAUCCUGUUAUUCUUAAGAAGCAGAGAUCCGUCGCCGAGAAAAGCUCCGUUUGUUCCGCCGUUAAUUUAUCGCGACGGAGCCUCGACGCGGGAGGGAGGACGCCCAGGUGGGUGGAGUUCUGGAGCGACGCCGCCGUUGAUCGCCGGAGGAGAAUCUCGUCGGCGGAGGCGGCAGAGUCGCCGGAGAGGUUUUUCGACAUUCGGCGGUGGGAGGUUCCGAAAUGGGUGGAGCAGUACAUAGGACAGAUCGGGUCGGUUUUGAGGGAAGGUGGGUGGAGCGAAUCGGAUAUAUCCGAAAUGGUAGAGGUUUCGGGUUCGGGUUUCUUCGAAGGGGAUAUGGUUUUGUUGGAUAAUCAGGCUGUGCUGGAUGCUCUGCUCUUGAAAGCGGAUAGGUUUUCGGACUCUCUCCGCAAAUCCGGGUGGAGCUCCGAAGAGGUUUCGGAUGCUUUAGGAUUUGAUUUUCGACUGGAGAAGGAACGAAGACCGCCUAAGAAGCUGUCCCCUGAACUGGUGGAAAGAAUAGGGAAACUGGUGGAAUCAGUUUCCCGGUCAUGAUAUUUGGA